AUGUCCUCAUUCUCCCAACGUAACAUGUUCGACGUGCUUGACGUGCACCAGCACGUCGAGGAUGAAGAGUCGGACCUUGAAGAACCCGAGCCUGAGCCGUCCGCGGUGACACCCAGUGCACCCACCGCGCCGCUCACCAAAUCUGCCAAGAAACGCGCUCGCGCUAGGGCUGCUGCGGCUGCCAAGGCGAACGGGGCGAACGGCAAGAGCGCCGACGCUCAGGAGCCUCCAGCCGCCUCAACGGCGAAGCAGGUGUCGGAGCCCAAGCCCGAGCCCGAGGUCGCACAGCCUGCACCGCAGGUAUCCCAACCCCCAUUCUCCACUCCCGCCCCCGCCCCGGCUGCGCCACCGGCCGCUACCACGGUCGCCAAGCAGCCGCGCGAGGCUUCGCCGCCCACGUCGCCGACGUUCGCCCCGUCGCUCCCCGAGUCUCUUCCUCAUCCUGUCAGGGAUGCAUCCCCCGCGAACCGCAAGCGCAAGGCGCCUGCGGACUUUACACCCGCUGGCCCCGGAGCCGCGUUCACGCCGACCUCGCCGUCCAAGAACAGCGUCAAGUUUGAGGACCCGGUCCCCGGGGUCCCCAAGAACUAUGUCAAGUUUGAGGACGGCGUACUCGCUGGCGAGGGCCGCGACGGCGAGACAACGAUCCCCCGUGCCCCCCAGCCGGUGCAGGCUCCGCCGCCCAAGAAGAACCAGAACGCCAUCGAGCGGACGGUGUGGACGCUCAUCAUGAUCUUCGGCUUCAUUACUCUCCUCUUAAUGGGUCACCCAUGCAUGAUCAUCCUCGUCAUGGUCUGCCAGGCGAUCGUGUACAAGGAGAUUUCUGCGCUCUUUGAUCUGCGUGACCAGGGCUCCAAGUCUCUCAAGCAAGUCGGCGACUGGAGCAAGUCGCUCAACUGGUACUUCUUUGUCGUCACCAACUACUUCCUCUACGGCGAAAGCAUCAUCUACUACUUCAAGCACAUUGUGUUUGUUGACGCGUACUUUGUGCCCUUUGCCAAGAACCACCGCUUCAUCAGCUUCAUGCUGUACAUCUUAGGCUUCGUCGCGUUCGUCGCCAACCUCCAGCGCCAGUACCUGCGCCAGCAGUUCGCCCUGUUCUGCUGGGUGCACAUCACGCUCCUUCUCAUUGUCGUGUCGUCGCACUUUAUCGUCAACAACAUUCUCGAGGGUAUGAUCUGGUUCUUCGUACCAGCCUCGCUCGUCAUCUGCAACGACAUCUUCGCCUAUAUCUGUGGCAAGUUGUUCGGCCGCACGCCGCUCAUCAAGCUGUCUCCCAAGAAGACGGUCGAGGGCUUUGUCGGCGCGUUCAUCUGCACCCUCAUCUUCGGCAUCGGGUGGGGCACCUUCUUCCAGCAGUUCAACUACUUCAUCUGCCCGGCCAAGGACCUCAGUGUCACCAUCUUCUCCGACAUCCAGUGCAAGCCCAACCCUGUCUUCCUCUGGAAGGAGUUUGAGUGGACUGGCGCCGUGCGCACCAUCCUGACUGCCAUUCUCGGACACGCGCCAGCCCCGGUCUGGUACAAGCCGUACCAGCUGCACGUGAUCGCAAUGGCCACCUUCGCCUCGCUCGUCGCGCCCUUUGGUGGCUUCUUCGCGUCGGGCUUCAAGCGCGCGUUCAACAUCAAGGACUUUGGCCACUCGAUUCCCGGUCACGGCGGCAUGACCGACCGCAUGGACUGUCAGUUCAUGAUGGGCAUCUUUGCCUACGUGUACUACUCGUCUCUCAUCCGCGUCCAGAACGUGACCGUCGGUGGCAUCCUGCAGACCGUUGUCGUUUCGCUCACCACCACCGAGCAGCUCGAGCUCCUCGACGACCUCAAGCGCUACCUUUCGGGGCAGGGCGUUGCCGGUCUCUAA